GGUUCGAUUCAGUCGUAACCGCGACGUCGAGAGAGGAGCAUUCGAUCGAGGCGUUUAAGCACCGCGCGAGUUAAGUGGAACUGGGGCUCUGCCUUUUGUGUGUCCGUCGUCGUUCACUGUAUGACGGGGGAGCGAGUGAUAGUGUUGGAUUAAGUGGCACUUUGCAAUUGAAAAUUGGGCUUUUCUUUGCGAUUUUUCCGGAUCGAAACAGGUGAAACCGUGUGACAGAAGGUGUACACUAGUGAAUGGAGUGAAAAAUUGCCAGAAUUGGGUCGAUUUUCCCGGGGGAAAUGUGAAAAACAUGAAGCCCCAUUCGCAGUGAAUAGGCCAUCAAGGUGGUUCAAGAAGAAGAAGGUGUCGGUGGUGUGGAGCUCCAUAGAACACCAUAGAUCGGUAGUGGUGGAGCCAGUGCUAGGCGAAAAGCCGUGGUGGUGGAGAACGAAACCAGCUGAAAGGUGCUAGAAGUUAGAAAUGUUAGAAACGGCCGUGUGUGGAAUGUUCUUAAAGCUGAAGUUUUGCCUGUGAGCCAACAAUAAGUGCAUGUGAAGAUAAGAAACGUUGAUUCCUAUAGCCAACCAACCAGUCCAAGUGCGAUCAAGUUAAGCAGCAAAGAGUGAAAGUGGAGGAAAAACAAGUUUUCCAUAGUGCGAAGCAUCAAGCCAGCAACGUCAACUACAGGCUCUAAAACUACAGCAUGCGAAAGGCUUUACAGUCGUCAGUGUAGAUUCAACCAGCGCAAAUGUAACCCGAGAAGCUGAACAAGAAGAAAUAGCCUACUAUAUGUGUGUUGCUGCUGCUUACAGAUCACUGGAUUAGUAGGAAUCUGUAGGAAUACAAUACAAGUGCUUGAGGGGGUGUUGCUACGUGCGAAUUAUAUAAUUGCAAACCGACCUGGGAUCUAUCACGUCUGUUCCAGAGGAAGCCUUUGAAAGCUGCUAAAACAGAUCUACGGAUAGUGGAGCAUUCGUGUCUAUAUCUACGUGCGUUCAACUUCAACGUAUCUGCUGCUCUAGCUGCUAGAAGAUCAAAACGUGGCGAAGUGAAAAUAAACAUUUCAAUUUGGUGAAGCUGGAAUGGAAUAGGCAGGCAUUUGAAAUUGAAGAUCGAACAGUCAGUGAUUGGAUGUGUGUCGUCUGUCUGAGAGUACGUCCUAUACAUGUGUUGCACCACUACACUAUACUGUAUGUGCUAGAAGCCGGGGGAAUUUGCAUUGAAGAAGAAGGUGAAUGAGGUCAAGAUCGCGACUGGUGAUCAUCAGUUUUAUCGUUUAUUGCCUGCUGUGCUGCUGCUGCUGCUGCAGCCGUACGUGAGAAAAGCUGAGUGCGUACGUGUGUGGUUGGAGUGAAUAUUGAAGCUGUCGAUUGCAAUUUGGUGUGGUUCCAGUAAAGGCGUGGCGGGUGCACCAGGGGCUGUGAUUGUCCACGUUUUCCAGAUGCACCAUCCAUCGACUUGAAACCACUUGUGGAAGAUGCUGCCACCGGUGAAGAUACAUCCAUACGUGCCAAAAGAAACCCGGCUGAGGAGUGAGGAAAACCAUUCACUGCUUGCUGCAACUACUGCUGGUUGCGAGGCUUACCGAGUAUUGAGUUCAAAAUUGCAUGCUGUUUGAGCUCCGUUCAUUGCCUGUGCCAGAUGCGAGAUUUGUGAUCUAGGUUAAGGUUCGCCACCCCCUGCAUUUGUCUGUGUGUGUGUGGCAUUGAACGUGCGAGUGUGUUCGUUUGUGUCUGUGUCCUGUAUGUGUGCCUAAGAGACAUCGAAAGCAGCAAAAAUGGGUGAUAGUACGAUGGGUUCGGUGAGCUUCCUCCACCUGGGGGACAUUGUCUCCCUGUACUCGGAGGGAAGCGUUUCCGGAUUUCUGAGCACGUUGGGCUUGGUAGACGACCGUGUCGUUGUCUGCCCCGGAGCGGGGGAUCUCAAUGAUCCGCCGGAAAAGUUUCGGGACUGUUUGAUCAAAAUUUGUCCCAUGAAUCGAUACUCAGCGCAGAAGCAAUUUUGGAAAGCUGCGAAGCAAAGCACCACAACGAAUACGGAUACCAGCUUGCUCAAGCGGUUACAUCACGCCGCCGAAAUCGAGAAAAAGCAAAACGAGUCCGAGAACAAGAAACUACUGGGAACGGUCGUCCAGUACGGCAGUGUCGUGCAGUUGCUGCACCUGAAGUCGAACAAAUAUGUCACCGUCAACAUACGGUUGCCGGCGCUGCUGGAGAAGAACGCCAUGCGGGUCUAUCUGGACGCCAACGGUAACGAGGGUUCCUGGUUCUACAUCAUGCCUUUCUACAAGCUCCGCUCGGCCGGGGAUAACGUAGUGGUUAACGAUAAGGUCAUUAUGAAACCGGUCAAUGCCAAUCGGCAGAAUUUGCAUGUUGCCGCCAAUUAUGAGCUGCUGGAUAAUCCGGGAAGCAAGGAGGUCAACGUUCUGAAUUCGUCGUCGUCUUGGAAGAUUACGUUGUUCAUGGAACAUCGGGAAAAUCAGGAAGAUGUGCUGAAGGGAGGCGAUGUGGUACGGUUAUUCCACGCUGAGCAGGAGAAGUUCUUGACCAUGGAUGAGUACAAAAAGCAGCAGCAUGUGUUUCUGCGUACGACGGGUAGAACCAGUGCGACUGCAGCUACGAGCAGUAAGGCUCUGUGGGAGAUCGAGGUCGUUCAGCACGAUUCGUGCCGAGGCGGAGCUGGUCAUUGGAACUCAUUGUUUAGGUUUAAACAUUUAGCCACAGGGUACUAUCUGGCUGCGGAGAUCGAUGAUGAUAUUUCACGCACAGAGAAAUCCAGCAACUCCAGUCACCCUCAGGGUGAGUCGUUCCGACUGGUGUCCGUGCCCCAUUCGACGGAUAUUGCUUCGGUGUUUGAGCUGGAUUCAACUACAAUUACUCGACCGGAAGGAUUGGUACCGCAGAACAGUUAUGUACGGAUGCGGCAUCUAUGCUCCAAUACGUGGGUACAUGCAACGUCUUCUCCCAUUGAUGUAGACGAGGACAAACCAGUAAUGUCGAAGGUGGGUUGUUCCGCUAUCAAGGAGGAUAAGGAAGCCUUCCAGUUGAUUCCAGUGUCCCCGGUUGAAGUGCGAGAUUUAGACUUUGCAAACGAUGCUUGCAAAUUAUUGCAAGCUAUGAGUGGUAAGUUGGAGAACGGUUCCAUAUCACCAAAUGAGCGACGAUCGUUGAUCGCCCUUCUUCAGGACAUCGUCUUCUUCAUCGCCGGCCAAGAGAACGAACAGAACAAGAGUGACGCUCUUGAUCUGACGAUUAACAACCCUAACCGCGAUCGACAGAAGUUGCUUCGGGAGCAGUACAUACUGAAGCAGUUAUUUAAGAUAUUGCAAGGCCCAUUCCAGGAAACGAAAAACAACGACGGUCCGUUCCUAAAGAUCGACGAACUAGGAGAUCCCAAAAACGCACCGUACAAGAACAUCUUCCGAUUGUGCUAUCGAAUACUCAAACUCAGUCAGCAAGACUAUCGGAAAAAUCAGGAAUACAUCGCCAAGCACUUCGGCCUGAUGCAGAAGCAGAUCGGGUAUGACAUCCUAGCGGAGGAUACGAUCACGGCUUUGCUGCACAACAACCGGAAACUGCUCGAAAAGCACAUCACGGCUGCGGAAAUCGAAACGUUCGUCGGACUUGUGCGAAAGAACAUGAACAACUGGCAGUCGCGGUUCCUGGACUACCUGUCCGAUCUCUGCGUGUCCAACAAGAAAGCCAUCGCCGUGACGCAGGAAUUGAUUUGCAAAAGUGUUCUCAGCGCCAAGAAUGCCGAUAUUUUGAUAGAGACGUUCCUAAGGGAGGUGGACGAUGAGAGAUUGGGGUAUUUGAAUGAGCUGGAACGAGGUAAUCAUCAGUUUACCGAGAUCCGGGAGGUGGAUGAAACGAAUGAGAGUGAGGCGGAAGGGGAAAAGACUGCGACCAAGUCUUCGGUUGGCGGAACUCCGAAGAAGCUGGAUGAGAGGAAACGAUAUGAGGUGGUUCUUAUGUGGCAGAAUCAAACGCAAUCGAAAUCCAUGAGUCGGCUGGCACAAGGACUGAAAAUCGGUCGAACGAACGACAUUGCCAUCAUGGAAUACUACCGCCAUCAGUUGAAUCUGUUUUCCAACAUGUGUCUGAACCGGCAGUAUCUGGCACUGAACAACCUUUCGCCACAUCUGGACAUCGACCUGAUACUGCGGUGUAUGUCGGACAAAACCAUUCCGUACGAUAUGCGGGCAUCGUUCUGCCGGCUGAUGCUCCACUUGCACGUAGACCGUGACCCACAGGAACCGGUGACGCCGGUCAAAUAUGCCCGGCUGUGGUCGGAGAUUCCUUCCGUUAUGUCAAUCAACGACUACGACAUCGAGAAGCAACCGGACAGCAACAAGGAGGCUGUUCGAGCCCGGUUCAACAAAACCAUUGCUUUCGUCGAGGACUACCUGUGCAAUCACGUGGUUUCAAAAAUGUGGUUCGCCGAUCAGGACCAAAAUAAGCUCACGUUCGAGGUGGUCAAGCUAGCCCGUGAUCUCAUCUACUUCGGGUUCUACAGCUUCAGUGAUCUGCUGCGGCUUACGAAGACACUUCUGAACAUUCUGGACUGCGUUUCGAAUAGCGACGCGGAUGGAAGUCUUCCGACGGGGCACAUUGACUCAGCGACCGAGGAUGGAGGACCAACAACGUCGUCACCAUCGACAACAUCCCGGAAGGAAAGCACAGGUGAACCAAUUAGCAAAAAGUUAAACCGUUCCGCUUCCACUGUGGCUGUGCUGGCUGCGGUUGAAGCUAGCAAAGCGAAAGAUCGUGCCGACAGUCUCUCGGAGGCCGCCAACGAAAGCCGUCGAAUGAUACUUCACAGCUUGAUGAAACGGUGCCAGGCACCACCACCGGAAGCCGAGGGUGGUGUACUGAGAAGGAUCGGUGACAUGGGAGCCGUCAUGACUUCACUGACCCUGGGACCCAUCUCUACCGCUCUCGUAUCGCCCAACAUCCAGCACAGGAAAUCGGUUUCCCAAUACAUGAAAGAAUAUCCACUGGUGAUGGACACUAAACUGAAGAUCAUCGAAAUCCUGCAGUUCAUCCUGGAUGUUCGCCUCGAUUACCGGAUAAGUUGUUUGUUAUCGAUUUUCAAACGAGAGUUCGACGAGAACGAGCAAACGGCGAGUAGUCAACAGACUCAACCGACUACGCCAGUAGCUCAACCCGUUGUUCCUCCGGUUCCCGCUGUCGUUACCCCAACUACGGAACCAACACUCACAGAAACAACUUCGGAGACAGCCUCUCUGUUGUCGACAUCGACGGUGGACACGAUUGUGGAGUCGUCCACUGCAGAAGUAGUAAUUCCGAAACAGUCGUCCCCAGUAACCAGUCAGGAAGCGAAACCGGAAGCUAAGUCGGAUGCGAAACCGAUACCCCCUACAACCGAAAACAUAAACCUUCGUCAGAAGAAUAUAGAUCUCGAGUCGAUCGGUGUUCAGGCGGAAGGUAUCUUCGGCUGUAACGAGGAUACCUACAACCCACUGGAUCUGGAUGGCCAAGGUGGCAGAACAUUCCUAAGGGUACUGCUGCAUUUGAUCAUGCACGAGUAUCCUGCACUGGUGUCGGGAGCCCUUCAUCUACUAUUCCGACACUUCAGUCAACGGCAAGAAGUCUUGCAUGCCUUCCGGCAGGUACAGCUACUGGUAUCGGACAGCGAUGUGGAAUCGUACAAGCAGAUCAAAUCCGAUCUCGACGUGCUCCGGCAGAGCGUUGAAAAGUCCGAACUGUGGGUGUACAAAUCAAAACAAUCCGAUGAGCUGCAACAAGCUGGUGAAGGUGGAGAGGCUGGCGAUGGACAGAAACCGGAGAAGGAUACCGCGACUUCUGGUGUGAAACCGAAACCCGAGCUGGUAAAGCAGGAAUCUCAACUGAACUUCGAUCAGGGUCCAGAGUUGAAUCCAGAACAAGCAGCUGAAUACAAGAAAAUUCAGCAGAUUCUCAUUAGGAUGAACAAAUUGUGUAUCACAACAGCAGGUCCCGGUGAAGUCGUCAAGCCAAGGAAACACGAACAGCGAUUGCUGCGUAACGUGGGAGUUCAUACCGUUGUUCUAGAUCUGCUGCAAAUUCCAUACGAUGAGAAGGAUGAUUAUCGGAUGAACGAACUUAUGCGAUUGGCUCACGAGUUUCUACAGAACUUCUGCUUGGGAAAUCAACAGAAUCAAAUCUUGCUACAUAAACAGCUUGAUCUGUUCCUUAAUCCGGGGAUCCUGGAGGCGGAAACGGUUUGCGCCAUCUUCAAGGACAACCUAAACCUGUGCAACGAAGUAAGCGACAAAGUCGUGCAGCACUUUGUCCACUGUAUCGAGAUUCACGGUCGCCAUGUGGAAUACCUGAAGUUCCUGCAGACGAUCAUCAAGGCGGAGAACCAGUUCAUUCGCAAGUGCCAGGAUAUGGUCAUGCAGGAACUGGUCAACGCCGGCGAGGAUGUGUUGGUGUUCUACAACGACAAGUCUUCGUUUAACUACUUUGUGGAGUUGAUGCGAAGCUACAGCAGUGGAGAACUGGCGGAUUCUAGCCCUUUGAUGUAUCACAUCGAGCUGGUGAAGCUGCUGGCUUGUUGCACGAUGGGUAAGAAUGUUUAUACGGAAAUCAAGUGCAAUAGUUUGCUGGCGUUGGAUGACAUUGUGGCUAUGAUAUCGCAUUCGGAUUGUAUCCCGGAGGUGAAGGUCGCGUACGUGGAUUUCCUGUGUCACUGUUACAUCGAUACGGAGGUUGAGGUGAAGGAGAUCUAUUCCUCUAAUCACAUGUGGUGUUUGUUCGAGAAGUCGUUUUUGAUCGACAUCAAUAAUGUGGUAAAAGGAGGAAGCUAUACGAAUCGUCAGCUGGAGAACUAUGUCUGCAACGAAAUCAUGAACAUCCUGACGACUUUUUUCAACAGUCAAUUUUCGGACCAGAGCACGGCACUACAGAAACGGCAACUAAUUUUCGUGAAAAUCCUGCAAUCAUCCUUCAAGCUUACGCAAUGCAAGUGGCUUUCGCCCUCGCAGCGGUUUAACGUAGAGAACUGCAUCCGGACGCUUUCGGAGAAGGCAAAACCCCGUGGAAUUGCCAUCCCGAUCGAUCUGGAAAACCAGGUGGUCAAAAUGUUCAACAAGACGGCACUGCUGUCGCGCCAGACUAGCAAGUGGCUGCUGGUUACCAAGCAGACCAAGAUGGAGCGAUCACAGUCGCAGAUCAUGCGGAUGGAUAGGAGUAUCAUUGAGGGACUGCAGGACAUUGUUUCACUGCUGGAGGAUAAACUGAAACCAUUGGUUGAGGCAGAGCAGUCGUUGCUGGUAGAUAUUCUGUACAAGUCGGAGUUGUUGUUCCCGGUCAAUACGGAGUCCAGGAAGAAGUGUGAAAGUGGAGACUUUAUCCGGCAUUUGAUCAAGCAUACGGAAAAGUUGCUGGAGGAGAAGGAAGAGAAACUGUGCGUGAAGAUACUGAAAACGUUGAAAGAGAUGAUGACGAUUGAUUGCGAAUAUGGCGAUAAGGGUGAUCACCUGCGAACGAUUUUGCUGAAGCGGUACUUUGGGCAUGAGUUUGUUCAGCCGGCGUUGCCCGCAGCGUUGGUUGGUGAGGUUACGAAGGGGAUUGAACAGAGUUCUGGACCGGCUGGGUUACCUUUGGCCACAAUUAGUCAUGGACCAGGGGCGAAGUAUCUUAUACGGGCAGGACGGACGUUGCACGAGGUUCAGAACGAUUUGGACAAGGAGGGAGCAAGUGAUCUUGUGAUAGAGCUCGUGAUCAAGUCGAUCAAUUCACCUUCGAUAUUCGUGGAAGCGAUCGAGCUGGGAAUAGCACUGCUGGAGGGAGGAAAUCCGAUCAUUCAGAAGGGAAUGUAUAAUAAAUUUUUGAGUAAUGAUCUGAGCCAGUCGUUCUUCAAGGUGUUCUUUGAUAAGAUGAAGGAUUCCCAGCAGGAGAUCAAGUCUACGGUGACGGUGAACACUUCGGAUAUGGCGGCUAAUAAGGCGAAUGAGAGUAAAUCGGAUGGGAAGGAUUUCGACAAGAUCCAGAGGAAGAAUGUGAACAAGGUUAACGGAAUUGUGAUUACGGAUGAGUUCAAGGAAGAGUUGCAGAACGCGGCUUUGGUUACUCAGCAGUCCUAUAUCAACGCUAGGAAUUUAGCAGCAGCCUCGGAUGGAACAAAUUCCGAGAACGGAGAUGACAAUGCCUUGAUGAGCAUAGGAACAUCGGCUCUUGAAGACAUUCUGGCGGAGAAAUUAGAGAAGCAUAAGGAUAAAGAUGAGAACAACAAGUUGUCAAACAAGGUUCUUGUGAUGCAACCGAUUCUCCGAUUUCUGCAGCUGCUUUGCGAGAACCACAAUCCAGAGCUGCAGAACUUGCUGAGGAAUCAGAAUAACAAAACGAACUACAAUCUUGUUUCGGAAACUCUGAUGUUCCUCGACUGUAUUUGUGGAUCGACUACGGGAGGUUUAGGCCUUCUGGGGCUGUACAUAAACGAAAACAAUGUGUCGCUGAUCAAUCAGACCUUGGAAACCCUUACGGAAUACUGCCAAGGACCUUGCCAUGACAACCAGAACUGCAUUGCCACGCACGAGUCCAACGGGCUGGACAUCAUCACCGCACUAAUUUUGAACGAUAUCAAUCCGUUGGGCAAGAACCGAAUGGACCUGGUUCUGGAACUGAAGAACAACGCUUCCAAGUUGUUACUCGCGAUCAUGGAGUCCCGAGGAGAUAGCGAAAACGCGGAGCGAAUCUUAGCCAACAUGAAUCCCAAGCAGUUGGUCGACGUGGCAUGCCGGGCAUACCACCAGGACGAGAACAUCCUGCUGCUGCUCAAUCAAGGCGAUGGAAAUGGGGAUGAUAACUACAGCAUGAAGCAUGAUCUUGCAGAUGAUCAGAACGAUGAUGAUGACAUGGGCGUCUCUCCGAAGGAAGUCGGUCACAACAUCUACAUCCUCUGCCAUCAGCUUGCCCAACAUAACAAGGAACUGGCCAACCUACUGAAAAUCGAUACCUAUAGCGCUCCGUCUGCCAAUACUGAAACCAGAACCGGAAUCAGCCUGCCUCCGCCUAUACCCGCGAGCACCACCAAAGCCAACACGAAGGUGAAUCAAGCCCUCCUAUUCUACCAAACUCACACGGCGCAGAUCGAAAUCGUGCGGCACGAUCGCACGCUGGAACAAAUUGUGUUCCCGAUUCCGGAAAUCUGCGAGUACCUAACGAAGGACACCAAAGUGCGCGUUCUGAAUACGGCCGAACGGGACGAUCAGGGCAGCAAGGUGGCGGACUUUUUCGAUCGCCAUGAGGCCAUGUUCAACGAGAUGAAGUGGCAGAAAAAGUUGCGUGGCCAACCGGCCCUGUUCUGGGUCAGUAGCUACAUGUCGCUGUGGAGCAACAUUCUGUUCAAUCUGGCCGUCCUGAUGAAUCUGAUUGUGGCGUUCUUCUAUCCUUUCGAAAACAGUGUGCCUGAGCUAAGCUUUCAUCUAUCGUCCCUGAUUUGGAUCGUGACGCUCGUUUCGUUGGUCAUCGUUAUCACACUUCCGCGACAAUCGGGCAUUCGAACGUUUGUGGUAGCGCUCAUAUUGCGGCUGAUAUUCUCCUGUGGACCGGAGCCAACCGUGUGGUUGCUCGGGUGCGCAACGGUCAUCAUGAAAGGUGUACACAUCAUUAGUUUGAUGGGUAACUACGGGACGCUGGAGAAGAAUCUUCUGUCGAUCAUCACGGAUGCAGAACUACUGUACCACUUCGGGUAUCUGUCGUUCUGUGUUUUCGGUGUGCUACUGCAUCCGUUCUUCUUCUCGAUAUUGCUUUUCGACGUAGUCUACCGAGAGGAAACCCUGCUGAACGUGAUACGAUCCGUAACUCGAAACGGUCGUUCCAUCAUAUUGACCGCCGUGCUCGCCCUAAUCCUGGUGUACAUGUUCUCCAUCAUCGGGUACAUGUUCUUCCGGGACGACUUCCUUGUUCCGGUGGAUGAAGAAUUCGUAGCGCCCGAAUCGGAGGCCACAGGAUGCAACGAACCCGAACGAAGCCACAUGCUUCCGGAAGCGCUGAUCGAAGGGAGCCCACCCCCAUUUUGUACCCAACCCCAGCCGGAUGACGGUGGCGAUCGAGGAGGUGGUGGCGAUGAGAUGAAGGAACGUGGCUGCGAUUCCAUGGUGAUGUGCAUCAUCACAACACUAAAUCAGGGCCUGCGGAAUGGUGGCGGUAUAGGGGACAUUCUCCGGGCACCCAGCCGGAAGGAAACGCUCUUCGUGCCACGGGUGAUUUACGAUCUGCUGUUCUUCUUCAUCGUCAUCAUUAUUGUGCUGAAUCUGAUCUUUGGUGUCAUCAUCGACACCUUUGCCGAUCUGAGAAGCGAAAAGCAGCAAAAGGAGCUGAUACUGAAGAACACCUGCUUCAUCUGUGGGCUGAACCGAUCGGCUUUCGAUAACAAAACGGUCAGCUUCGAGGAGCACAUCAAGAACGAGCACAACAUGUGGCACUAUCUGUACUUUAUUGUGCUGGUCAAGGUGAAGGAUCCGACGGAGUUCACCGGGCCGGAGAGCUAUGUGCACGCUAUGGUGAAGGCAAACAUCCAGGAUUGGUUCCCACGGUUGCGUGCCAUGUCGCUGGCUGCAGUGGACGGGGACGGCGAGCAGAUCGAGCUGAGAAGCCUGAAGAAUCUGCUGGAGACCAAUCACAUUGCCGUGCGGGAAUUGACUGCUCAAAUUAUGGAACUGGAGAAUAAGAUGACUGAGCAGAGAAAACAGCGCCAACGUCAUGCACUGUUAAAUCCAACCACAUCAACAUCCUACCAGUUCUAUCCGCAAAUUUGAUGUUCACCAUCCGAAAAUCUCUAGGAUAGAAGAUGAAGCCUAAGCCGCCCAUCCAACCUAAACCUUGUGGCAUUUAAUGUGUAAAAAGUCUAUAUUUUUUUUUUGUAAAUUAGUUAAAACAUUUAGAAAAAAAAUCUACUAGCAUGGCACGUGCAUCCAUUGGUAUUGUGAUCCAACUAAUAACAGUAGUUAACUUUGAAUCAAGAAAUCUGUGCACUGUUCCAAAAUGUGAUUUAGUCAGCGAAUGAAAAGCUCAAACUUGAGUAUCAUUAUUGAUGUUAUAUUGUUAUAGCAAACCGUAGGUAAUGUAGUGCAUUUGUCAUACGUAAAUAUGAAACAGUAGCCUAACAACUAAUGUCAAUAUCAGAAAUACAAUGUACGUUUGUGGUUGUCUUUUUCAAUUAUGUACUAAUUGUAACUAAUUCGCAACAUUUCAAUUAACUAUCUACUAACUGACUUACCCGUACCGAGUAGACUGUACUUUACCAACGAAUUUUAGUCGAACUUACAAGAAGAUUAAUGGUUUUAUCGAAGUUCAUCUUUUGGAUAUCCCCUUAUACCUUAUUGUUAACGGUUUACCUUUUCAACGACAAUACCAUUUAUACAAUCAUUAAUCAAAGCUUAAUUCUAUUAGACUGUGCUACAUUUUUCUUCAUCAUUCCCACAAAAAGCUUUCUUUUAUCAUUGAAUGUCUCUAACCCUUUACAUUGGAGCUGUAAAUUCCCUUUCGCAAUGUGAUAUUUGUUUGCUCUUCUUAGAACUUUAGUUUUUUGACAUUCUUCUAUCGAAAUUUAUAUCUUUUACAGCUAGCUCUAAGCACAAAAUAAUGGCUUAUUAACGAAAUGCUCACGCUUCCAACUUAGUUGAUCGAUUAUUUAAACGCUGUUCUUAUUUGGCUAUGCUUUAUUUCCUGAACUGACACUCCAGUGAAAUUAAAAAAAAAAAACAACUGUAAAAACUCUCAAACUAUUUGUUGUUAAGGCCCCUUAGCGUGUCAUCGCAAAAUGGCUUCUUCAAAAUCAUUGACCGAAAUCAACUUUACACAACUUUGCACCAAUACAUAUUUGUAAAAAAUCGACACUUAUCUUAUUCUAUAAAAUAAUCAAUUUCACGCGAGAUAUUCGGCAUAAAAAUGUAUUCACACUACUUCAAAUACAAGCCUCUUUCCAAGUAAUCACGAUUUCUAAGCAUUAGUUCACUCGAAAGUAGAAAUUUUUAACGAUUUGUUUCGACCGCAUUAAAAAUGUGGUUGGCGGUGUUUACCACCCACCGCAGUACCAACGACGACAACGGCAGCGCGGUGGUGUCUUUUGGCGCGCACAAUCAUCGAUCAUUGCACGCAGUGAUGUCGAUCCUGCUGGCCAAAGCAUCAAUGAAAUUGAUCGAAAUCAAUUAGUAAAUCCAGUCAAACACAUUGGUUAUGCGUCAUAAAAUCAAAAAUAAUUUGUGGGGUGAUUAUUUUUUAACUUUUUUACCACAAUUGUUAGUAAAAUAAUCAAAGCAUUAUAAUUUACGAAAUCUUCACCAAGCGGUCCGCCAGCACUGCUGUUGCAGCAAGCAUAAACAGUGGGAGAGCGUACAAAAAGAUUUGGAUCAUUUCUAGCUUGUUACAUAAAAAAUCUAACAUUUUUCGUGACAUUUGGAUAUGUUUCCUUGUUAUUCAUUGAAGUAGAGUAGUUUAUUGCCUGAGUUGCUUUCAAAUGAUUCAGAUUCUCGAAAUGUUUACAUUGGAGGUACCGAGACAAAGAGGUGCUAUUUUUGUUUGUUUGUUUAUGAAAUUGGUAUAGAAAGGCUUCACAACUACUAUCGUGCUUGAUGAUUGUUUGGAAUAAGAAUCAAAUAAUAAGAGUAAAAUUUGAGCUGACACGCUAAGGGGCCUUAAACGCUUCUAAUGCAUAUAUGUAGGUACCUACCAAUCGAAUCAAACUUUUGCCUAGAUUUAUAGAGCACGGUAACUUUUCAGUUUAGUCAUAAGCAGACUACAUGGAAGAGAAGAAAACAAUAGUUGUUACACUGUUACGUAGAAUAAUUUCGGUUAGUUUAUGUUAGGGUUCGCAGAGAAGAGUGCCGAACGAAACCCGAUUCGUUCUCUUUCGAUAGUUGGAUAGCACCUUUCUUGAAUAAUACUGAAAAAUAUACGAUACGUAACGCAAAGUAUGUAUGCCUAUUAUUGAA